AUGGCUAACAAGUUCAACAAGAAGAUUAUCAGUACUCGUGGGUAUAUAUUAGGAGCUAGAACAGCGCGUAGAAUGAAUAAUCACUUAUGUAAUUCAGAUUUUCCAGAUCCAGGAGCUUAUCAAGAUUUUGUGAACAAAUCUUUGUCGGUCAAACCAAAUAAAAUACCAUUUAAUCAGUCCACACGUAGAACAGAUAAAUCACUAAUCGGUGCAUCAACUGUUGGUGUUGGUACCUAUAAUGUAACUAAACAAUUAGCUCAACAUAUACAAUGGCAAAUGGAUACCAUGUUACAUCCUGUGAAUCUGCCUAAAAUUCAAUACAAUAGUACAAUAUUAAUGAAUACAGAUAAACUUAAUACAACGACUGAAUGUAAACGAUAUCAAAGAAAAUUAGCAUAUUUAAAAUUAUAUUAUAAUUAA